AUGCGUUGUGAGCGGCUGCUGACGGACAAAGACCCCGCCGGCCGGCUUCCCGAGUUUCUGCGGCUCUGGCAGCUUGUGGUGCUCCUCUACACGCUCCUGGCCACCCUUGCCCUGUGGACCCUUGUUCAGGCACCCGCAGGGCCCUUGGCUGUGGAGGGUAACCCCGCCACUGCCACCGCAACCGGCACGCUGCUCACCCUACUCCCCCUCAUCUGCGCGGUGGCCAUGAGCGGCUGCUUCCUAUUCCUCCAGCGCCUGACGGCGCGGCGGCGCCGCCAGCGCGCCGCCGUCCCCCACGGCCUCGAGUGCGGCCUGGCUGGCGGCUUUGGCACGCUGCAGGCGGCGGCGCCAGCCGGUACCUGCUGCUCCACCGCCUGCGGCGCGGCCUGCCCGCACCACUCGGGCGUGGACGUCAUCUGCAGCCCCGUCUCCGAGUCUGGCUCCUACAGCAGCUGCACCUCCGCCAGCUCCUCCGCCGCCUUCUACUCCCGCAGCAGCAGCAGCAGCCUGGGCGGCUCCGCCUCGGGCGGCAUGCCCUCCCCCACCGGACACGUGCGCUCCUCCGGCGAGUCGGCGGCGCAGCACCAGGCCGCCAUCCACGCCGCCUGCCAGGUCCUGCUGGUGGAGCACCAGGUGGAGAACGAGUACUUCCUGUUUGUUCACAAGAGGCUGCGCCCCAUCAAGACCCGGCCCGAGGAAUGCCAUCCUUCGCAGCCUGCGGGCCUGCUGCGGGAGCUCAUCACCAACUCCUUCACGUUCCAGCAUGACCCGCAGCUGGCGGCGCAGCUGGCGGCAGGCAUCCAGGCCGGUGCCGGGGGCGGCUCCACCAGGAGCCCCGCGUCAGCUGCCAGCCUCACCUUUCACGCAGCGUCCGCCGCGGGCGGCAUGGCAGCAAUGUAG